AGAAGAUGAAUCCAUUGGCUGCCAAUAAGAAGGUGAUCAAGAGAAGGUCUCCUACUCCCAAGAAGGUUCAGGCUAAAGGUGAAGGUUCUAGGAGGGAGUAUGGGUGUGUUGAUGAAAACUCCAUAGCUAUGAGGAGAGGUCGAGAACUUCAAGCAAAUCUUUCACCUCAAUUUCCUAGUGUAGUCAAGUUCUUGCUCCAUUCUCAUACUACUAGUGGAUUUUGGUUGGGUCUGCCAAAAGAUUUCUGCACUUCUCAUCUGCCAAACCAUGAUACUGCCAUUAUUUUGGUGGAUGAAAAUGGAAGAGAAACAGAGAGCAAGUACCUUAUUGAGAAGCAUGGCCUGAGUGGUGGAUGGAGAGGAUUUUCCCUCCAACACAACUUGGUUCCCGGGGAUGUUGUGUACAUUGUUCGGGCAAAUGACUCGGCAAAUAUUGCUGGUGCUAUCAGCCUUCUGGAUUUAAGUCAUUAUGCACAGCCAAUUGCAACUGAGGGUUUACUGCUGGAAGGUGAUGAUAUUGAGGAAAAUGUGCUGAGAAUUGAAGACGCUGCAGAUCAGUUAACCAGAAUACAACAUGAAAAGCCUGGGUUGAACUACACGCUAAUCGCCGGGGCAAUAACAGAAACUGUGAAAAUCGCCGAUGGCAUCAAAGCUGCUACGCUCGCAACGGGCCGUGAUGUUUUGGAAGUAUGGGACAGAACUCUGAUAGGGGUGGGGCAUUUCGGCAUGGAAGUGGGGUUCUUGCGCGGCAGGAUAAGUGAGCUGAUUAGGCUGUGCGAGGCGGCCGAAAUUGUUUCCGGAAAGGAGAAAGAAAAAGCCAUAGCUGAAGCGGAGAUGAAAGAUCUCCUGCACAAGGUGUCGAAGGUGAGUGGUGUGAUUAAAAAUUUGGAAGAGGAGAUCCAGGCACACAGCGGCGGGGAGAGGGUAGAGGAGGUUUUCAAGAAUGUUGCGAGUGCUGAUUGGUGA